AUGAUAAAAUCACUUAAAACAAGACGUAACUUGAUUCAUUUGUGUUGCACUUUGUGUUUAUUUAUUUUUCUCAAAGAACUAUACAGUUUACAAGAACUGGAUAUAAGUAACGAUUAUUAUAUCGACGAAGACAUUUUUACACAUAUUCGAGACGUGAAAUUCUCACCGAAAGCGAAUUCAAUUUACUUCCACGUGACUUCACUUCAAGGAUACAUGAAACCUUCGGCAGCCUGUGCAGUUGAAGCGGCAGCCAGGGCGCACCCAAGAAAAGAAGUAUACGUCCUAUUCACUUCACCAAUCACUGACAGUGACAUAGUAACAAGGCGCUAUAUGAGUAUUACCUUAAAGAAAAUCCAACGAUUUCGGAACAUCAAAUUGUUGCGGGUCCAUUUACCGGAAUAUUCUAAUGGCACCGUCGUGGAGUCUUUGUUACUAAAUAAUUUGAAGAACAGCAUUUUCCCAGAGCAGCAUACAGCUGAUAUCGUGAAGAUAUUGACUCUUAACAAAUAUGGUGGUGUGGCUAUUGACACGAAUAUGAUAGUUCUGAAGACGUUAAGCAGCUUACCACCAAACUGGAUUCUUAAAGAGAAUGAAAUAUAUGUCGCUCCAGGGAUCAUGGGGUUCGCCAAAAACGGAAUUGGUUUGAAUGUUACCAGCGCAAUAUUAAAGGAAAUAGCAGACACUUACAAACCUAAUAAUUUAGACAUCACCAACAGAAUUGUUAUAGAGAAGGUCGUUCAACGUAUUUGUCCCAUCAGAAUUCGUUGGGAUGGCUGUAAAGACAUCUUUAUCUACCCUUCGGACGAGUUUUAUCCAAUAGAUAAUGUGUUUGGGAUGUCUUUUCCUAAGGCGCCACUGUCACAAUCAGCUUUCUCGUUUCAUUUAGACACACUCACGAGUGCAGUACAUAUGGUAUCACAAGAUAUAUUAAACACAUUUUGCCCUUCAAUAUAUUUGGAAUUCCAAGACAACCUCCUGGUUCUUGAUUGAGAUUAUAAUUAACAAAUUACCCCAUUGUUCAAAAAGUACACUUUCCAAACUAGGAAACAGUUGAAACUUUAGU